AUGAAAUGCAUAACAAUAUAAUCAACCUUGAAUUCUUUUAGUAAAUAUGUCUAUUAAUAUUUGUCUUAGGAUUUUCAAGUUGUAGAGAAGGUCGGAAAGAUUAUGACAGACANUAGAAGAUGGAAUUGAAAUGA